CGAACGUUUGCUAACCGACGUGCUUUCUCCAGUGUCCCAGCCGCUUAAUGACCCAUGGGACGUGGUGCACCUACAACACGAAAAAUCGCUGCCGGAAUGCACUUGACAAGGCUGUCGAUGGAUGACAAAGGACCCUCGAAACGCACGCUGUCGCCGCAGACACGUGAGCGCAACCGGGCCCGUGCGCGCAAGUACUAUGAACGGCACCGCGACGAAGUGCUCGCCCGACUCAAGGCGCGCUACGAGGCCAAGUGCGCGCGGCAGCGCGCCGAACGCCGCCGGCGAAAGCACCUGCAUCUGCAAACAAAGUGGCGACGACACCCCCCGAUCGACCGCAUGUGUCUCGCGUUUCUCCUCAACUAGUUCCCAGCUUGAGGCGUUCAGAGGAUAACAUUGUACAUUGAUUGCAUACUCCUUCGCUGGGCGCAGA